AUGGAGCUCUCAUCCAACUGGAGCAGUUUUCAGCAACAGAACGGGAUUUCAAGGCCAAGUAGCGGCCAGAGUAAUCCCAAUAGCAAGAGAAACAGAUAUAGAAACAGAAACAAGGUGAAAGAGACUGCUAGUAAGUCUCCACACGUGCCGGUGGUUGACAUAGAUCACACGAAAUUGGGCAAGUAUGUUGCCAUGGAUUGCGAGUUUGUUGGUUGUGGACCGAAGGGCUCCAUCUCGAUGCUUGGAAGGGUAUCUAUAGUGAAUUAUCAUGGCCAUGUGGUUUUAGAUACGUUCGUAAAGCCUCCAGUGAGGGUGACUGACUGGAGGACAUGGAUCAGCGGGGUUUCUCCGAGAAACAUGGCGCAUGCCGUGACGUUUAAGGAGGCUCAAGCUAUGGUGUUGGAGAUACUUGAAGGCAGAGUAUUGGUUGGCCAUGCCGUGCAGAACGAUCUCAAAGUGCUUGAGAUACAACUGGAUAGAGACCACAUCCGUGAUACCACCAAUUAUCCUCCCUUCAAGCACGCUGCCAACACCAAAGUGCCCGGCUUGAGGACUUUGGCAAAGGUUGUGUUAGGAAAGGAUAUCCAGAAGGGCCAGCAUUCUUCUGUGGAGGAUGCCCAGAUCACGAUGGAACUGUUUCGUCUUGAGUUGGCUGGUUGGGAGUGUGAAGUGUCCAGUGAAGAAGAAGAUUGA